GAGAGCCUGAAACACCUAUUUACUGGAAUUUCCUCAUACGGUAAAUAUGGUACUUGAAAGAUUUCAAUGAGCCCAAAGAGCAAUUGACUGUAGUCAAGUAAUGUCUGAUGUCACUAACAUCAAAGGGGGCCCCUUAUCUUUCCAAAUUGGCUUCACAGUGAAAUGUAACAUAUGUCCAGCACCAUUGAUACUGCCAAAGUGGAACUUUUUGCUUUUAUUCAUCCUUUACCCUUACCCCUAAUAAGAUUUUCUGGAAGAACUAAAAUUUUGAUGAGAUAUCAUUAUUUUACUGAAUGUUUAGUUCUGAAUUUGAAAAGAACCCAAUAAAAAUUUAUGUAGAUGCCAUGUAUUUAUGUAUUGAAUCCAGGUAUUUUUUACAUAGCUGCUAUGUUCCAGGUACCAUACUUUGAGGACAUGGAUACAUAUAAGUAGUUCAUUUCUAGGGGAGAAAUAAAUAAACUAGCAAUCAAAAUAACUUGUGUUAUACUUUGAUAGAGGUGUCCAUAAGGCACUAAGGGAAUGCUGAAGAGAAACCCUCAUUUUGGUUUGGGAAUAAGAGAAAAGGUGAUGGUUGAAUUAAAACUUGGAGAACCAGCUAAAGUUAGUCAAGAACCUCUCCUUAGCUGAAAGUAAGAGGACACCAAGAGGAGAAAAGAAAGCUCUGAGUCAUGGAUGUGAGAAAGAACAUGACAUCUUUGGGAAACUGUCAGUAGAACUGGGACAUAUAGGGUGUUGAUAUAAGAGCUGAAGCCAUGCUUGCAAACGGACUCAUCCAGGGAGAAUGUGAUGAGGAAGACAGUGUCAGUAAUAACAUUAAAGAGUAAAUGGAGAAGGAAGUGGGGCCCUUGAAGAAGACUGAGAAGGGGCAGCCAUAAGGACAGGUGAAAACCAGGAGAGAGGCAUAGGUCAGAAGCCAAAGGAAGCCAUGGACAAUGAUGGCAGCCAACACAACUAACUCAUGGACUAAGAAGAGGAAAGUAGCAACUACGUCAUUAGAAAUCUUAGGUCAGUGGUUGGAAAAGUGAAUGGAAAUCAACGUAUUAUAGAAGCUGUGGGGUAGAUGUGAUUUUUCGGGUAGAUCAGCUGGAAAAGAAGGUAUAGGGAGAAAGAGAAAUCACUAGAAGUGGUACAGAGCAAAAAUAAAGUACUUUUAAAAGUUGGCCUUAAAAAUAGUGAACACAUACUGCUUCCCAUGUGUCAGGAACUCUUUUGAACACUUUACAUGUAUUUUAACAAAUGUCAUCCUCAUGACAACUCUUAUAUAUAGGUUCUAUUACUAGCCUCACUUACAAAUGAGACACCUGAGGCACAGAGAGGUUAAGGAUCCUCCCAAGGUGAGUAUUGAAGCCUUUAUUCAAUCCAGGUGAUUUGGUUCCAAAGUUCCUGCUCUUAGUCCCUCACACCAUGCUGUCUUUUAUUUGGUCACUGAAAAUAUCUUGCCCCCUCCCCUCCAACAAAGGGUGCCAGUGAGAAGUUAUGGUCUAAAAAAAGGGGCAUAAAUUCAUUCAUAAAUUAAAUAGUUGUUGAAGAACCUACUGCAUAUCAGGCACUGUUCUACUAAGAAUUAUCAACAAAGGAGAAAAAAGACAAAAAUCCCAGCUUUAUGGACUUUAAAUUCUAUGGGAAAAAUAAGCAAAAUAAGUAAAAUCAAUUAGUAAAUAUGUUAGAAGAUAAAGGCAAUGGGAAAAAAUAAAGCAUGCCAAGAUGGUAGAAGGUUCCUGCAGGUAAGAUAGAAGCUGCAAUCUUCAAAUAGGAUGGCCUGGGAAGGCCUCAUUGGAAAGGUGACUUUUGGCCAAGGAAUUAAAAGAGGUCCAGGAGCAGGCCAGGCAGAUGUCCUGGAAGGAGGCUUCCAGGCAGAGGGAACAGCAAGAGCAAGAGGCACAUAGUGAAAGGAAGGCACAGGUCCCUUCCUUUUCUGCAGAAGAAUUGGAUUUUAUGACUUUCUCAGUUUUCUAGUUUGGUUUCCCCGGAGACCUGAUAAAGGUCAAAUGUUAACUGUGUUACUAAGCAACAUUACGGCAUAAAUGACUGCUGAUUGGUCAACUGUUUCUGGGCUGGAAGAGUGAUAAAUGCCUGGUAGGAAGCUGUAUCAUUGGACUUCUGUGACUGUAGUGAAACUUGUGAUUCAGCAUGCUCCUUCACACAUCAAAGACUGAUCUAUUGAGUUAUUGGAGAUAUUGGUUCCUUUGAGGCACAAGGCUUUUAAGCCAGGGUCAUGCAAGACAAGAUAAUCUGCCUUCCGAAAAGAGUGCAGCCUGCUCAGAACCACUCUUCCCUUUCGAAUGUCUCUCAAGCAGUUGCCAGUACCACUCCACUGCCUCCACCUAAACCAUCUCCUGCUAACCCCAUCACUGUGGAAAUGAAAGGCCUGAAGACAGAUUUGGACCUUCAGCAGUACAGCUUUAUAAAUCAGAUGUGUUAUGAGCGAGCCCUCCACUGGUAUGCCAAGUAUUUCCCUUACCUUGUCCUCAUCCAUACCCUGGUCUUUAUGCUCUGCAGUAACUUUUGGUUCAAAUUCCCUGGCUCCAGCUCCAAAAUAGAACAUUUCAUCUCCAUUCUGGGGAAGUGUUUUGACUCUCCUUGGACCACACGGGCUUUAUCUGAAGUGUCUGGGGAGGACUCAGAAGAAAAGGACAACAGGAAGAACAACAUGAACAGGUCCAACACCAUCCAAUCUGGUCCAGAAGGCAGCCUGGUCAACUCUCAGUCUUUAAAGUCCAUUCCUGAGAAGUUUGUAGUUGAUAAAUCCACUGCAGGGGCUCUGGAUAAAAAGGAAGGUGAGCAGGCUAAGGCCUUAUUUGAGAAGGUGAAGAAGUUCAGGCUGCAUGUGGAAGAAGGUGAUAUUCUAUAUGCCAUGUAUGUUCGCCAGACUGUACUUAAAGUUAUCAAAUUCCUAAUCAUCAUUGCAUAUAAUAGUGCUCUGGUUUCCAAGGUCCAGUUUACAGUGGACUGUAAUGUGGACAUUCAGGACAUGACUGGAUAUAAAAACUUUUCUUGCAAUCAUACCAUGGCACACUUGUUCUCAAAACUGUCCUUUUGCUAUCUGUGCUUUGUUAGUAUCUAUGGAUUGACGUGCCUUUAUACCUUAUACUGGCUGUUCUACCGUUCUCUACGGGAAUAUUCCUUUGAGUAUGUCCGUCAGGAGACUGGAAUUGAUGAUAUUCCAGAUGUGAAAAAUGACUUUGCUUUUAUGCUUCAUAUGAUAGAUCAGUAUGACCCUCUCUAUUCCAAGAGAUUUGCAGUGUUCCUGUCUGAAGUCAGUGAAAACAAAUUAAAGCAGCUGAACUUAAAUAACGAAUGGACUCCUGAUAAACUGAGGCAGAAGCUACAGACAAAUGCCCAUAAUCGACUGGAAUUGCCUCUUAUCAUGCUCUCUGGCCUUCCAGACACUGUUUUUGAAAUCACAGAGUUGCAAUCUCUAAAACUUGAAAUCAUUAAGAACGUAAUGAUACCAGCCACCAUUGCACAGCUAGACAAUCUUCAAGAGCUCUCUCUGCACCAGUGUUCUGUCAAAAUCCACAGUGCGGCGCUCUCUUUCCUGAAGGAAAACCUCAAGGUCUUGAGCGUCAAGUUUGAUGACAUGAGGGAACUCCCCCCCUGGAUGUAUGGGCUCCGAAAUCUGGAAGAGCUGUACCUAGUUGGCUCUCUAAGUCAUGAUAUUUCCAGAAAUGUCACCCUUGAGUCUCUGAGGGAUCUCAAAAGCCUUAAAAUUCUCUCUAUCAAAAGCAACGUUUCCAAAAUCCCUCAGGCAGUGGUUGAUGUUUCCAGCCAUCUCCAGAAGAUGUGCAUACAUAAUGAUGGCACCAAGCUGGUGAUGCUCAACAACUUAAAGAAGAUGACCAAUCUGACAGAGCUGGAGCUGGUCCACUGUGACCUGGAGCGUAUUCCUCAUGCUGUGUUCAGCCUACUCAGCCUCCAGGAAUUGGACCUGAAGGAAAACAAUCUGAAAUCUAUAGAAGAAAUCGUUAGCUUUCAGCACUUAAGAAAGUUGACAGUGCUAAAACUGUGGCAUAACAGCAUCACCUACAUCCCAGAGCAUAUAAAGAAACUCACCAGCCUGGAACGCCUGUCCUUUAGUCACAAUAAAAUAGAGGUGCUGCCUUCCCACCUCUUCCUAUGCAACAAGAUCCGAUACUUGGACUUAUCGUACAAUGACAUUCGAUUUAUCCCACCUGAAAUUGGAGUUCUACAAAGUUUACAGUAUUUUUCCAUCACAUGUAACAAAGUGGAAAGCCUUCCAGAUGAACUCUACUUCUGCAAGAAACUUAAAACUCUGAAGAUUGGGAAAAACAGCCUAUCUGUACUUUCACCGAAAAUUGGAAAUUUGCUAUUUCUUUCCUACUUAGAUGUAAAAGGUAAUCACUUUGAAAUCCUCCCUCCUGAACUGGGUGACUGUCGGGCUCUGAAGCGAGCUGGUUUAGUUGUAGAAGAUGCUCUGUUUGAAACUCUGCCUUCUGACGUCCGGGAGCAAAUGAAAACAGAAUAACUUAUUUUUCGUUAAAGUUUGACUGAAACACGCUUCUACCAAAUACAGUAUAAAUAAUUAGGUAGUCUUAAUGCCUUUCCUAUUUUUUUUCCUUUUCACACAAAACAAAAUGUACACAAAGAUCGCGUAAGGAGUAUGUAUUUUUAAUAAAAAUUUAAUUGUAUUUUUUCAAUAUUAAUAUUUUGAAGUUUUAUUUGUCUUGAAACACAAUGUAUCUAUUAUCUACUGACAGACAGAGAUAGUUCCAGUUGGUUUUUUGUUUUUUGUUUUUUAGUUCAUUCUUGUGGAAAGGAGGGAAUUAUAAGUUGCAUGCUUUUUGGCAUUUUUUAAAUAGAGGAAGAUAUUUUGCCAAGGCCAUUUUUAACUUGUUUACACCUGUACAGGGUUCUUAUUUUUGUUUUCAUUGUGUGUGUAUCAAGGAAUCUGUGCUAGUUAUUUUAAUACCAGCUGCCUUCUCCAUUGGCCAAGACCUUCAUUCAGUGGAACUUCACAUAAGUGCAUUGUCAUAGAGUAUUUUAAAUGUUCCCCUGCCUCCAACAAAACCCUAAACUGUGUUAUUUCAUAUACCUGACAGUUAUUGUUAUCCUUAGGCAAGGUUUUUGUGAGUGAAGAAAAUAAUCUUUAGUGGCUGGUAUGUUUGAAUUAGGCCUUUAUCAUUUAACUUAUUUGCAUUUUACCAACAUUUUAAAAAUAUUUAAAACCUAAAUACAGAGGCUCCUCCCACCUUAAUCUCAAUACUGCUAUGUAGUACUGGUGAACAACUUUGGAGAACCUAGAUUUAUUUUAAUAUUCUAAUAGAUAAUUAAAUUUUAAAAUGAUAGAAUUAGAAGCCUGGUUUUUGAGUAAUUUAAUCAUCUUUCAUAUCUUGAUAUGCAGCUGCAUCAGAUGGAAAAAAAUUUACUAAAGCACCCUGUUAAAGAGCUGGUGUGCUCCAGUGAGGCCCUCUCCUUUUCUCAGCACAGUGUGGCAGUGGUAAUCUAUUCAAAUUUUGCCUGUUACACAAAAUAAUCCACUUAUAUAUACAGUCAGCCUUCUGUACUUGUGGGUUCUGCAUCUGUGGAUUCUACCAACUGUAGAUGGAAAAUAUUCAAAAAGAAAGUUGUGUCUGUACUGAAUAUGUACAGACUUUUUCCUUGUCAUUAUUCCCUAAACAAUACAGCGUAACAACUAUUUAAAUAGGAUUUACAUUGUUUUAGGUAUUAUAAAUUACCUAGAGAUGAUUUAAAGUAUAUGGGAGUAUGUGCAUAGGUUAUAUGCAAUUUCUGCACCAUUUUAUGUCAAGGAUUUGAACAUCCUCAGAUUUUGGUGUUCGAGGGCAUCCUGGAAUCAAUUCCCCAUGAUACCGAGGGAUGACUGGAUAUUAAUCGAUUUCCCUCAAGCCUGCCCUUGCUGUGAACUAGUGCUACAAGCACGGGAACUCCAUCUGCUCUCUGGCUUAAAAUAUGUAUCUCAUCUAAAAUUGUUCGUUAAAGUGUGAAUAAAUUGCUAAGUGGUUGUUGCUUAGCAAUAAUUUUUGCCUGACCAUCAGCAGAGCUUUUAUUUACCUUUGUACUUAAAAUCCAACAUAGCAUGGGCUCUUGGGCAAAAUAUUUCACUGACUAUUAAGCAUGUAGAACAGGAAAAUGAAAUACACUAUUUGUGCCCUUGACCUAGAACCAGAACCACUAAUUAUGAGAACUUUGUUUUAUGUACCAAAUUCACAUUGACCAUUUUCUGAGCUCUAGACUGAUCUUAGUAAGUUUUGUGACUUAACAAUGAAAGAAAGUAGAAAGAUGCUUUGGGUUUUCAAAAUGUUGUUUUUUAAAAUUGCUCCUUGGGUGAAUUUACUCAGUGCUGCUUUGAGUUGUAUACAGAAACAAAUGAUGGGAAUUGCUCCUCAGAAAUGUGUACCUAAGUUGUGUUUUCAACUUUACAUCAUGGGGUGAAGCAUUAGGGAAAGAGAUUCUUUCGAUUUGUUUAAUAAUCUAAUUAUACAGACCAAAGUGCUUUACGUUUCUGCUCUAUGUUAAUGUUUUAGAAUGGUGAUUUUGCUGAUUAAUUUAGACCUGGAAUUGAAAUAAUGUGCUCAGAAUAAUAACAUGGUUAUAGUUCUUGUAUGAUAAAGUAUUCAAUUUCAGAAUAGUGUUGGAAUCCUGAGUUUGAAUAAUGUGUUGUAUUUAGAAACGUAGCCCUAUCUGUUUUAAACAAAUAAUUUGUUGGCCGAUUGUCCAUGGUUGAGCAUGACAAAAAUACCUUGUCGAAAGGCAAGCUUAGGUAACUGCUGGCAAAACACUGGGUGCACUAUUUUUCUGGAUAAAAUUUAUAGUUAUUUUCUAUAUUACCCUUCAAAAGGGAUCUCUUCAGGUUAAAAAUCACGCUUAUGCUGAAGUCUUUAUCUGGUGUUAACUAAAAAUCUCAUAUGGGUUCAUAACUGAGGUCACUAAUAAUUCAUUUUUAUCACUUGUAAAAAUUUGCUCAAAAUUCCAAAAAAAUAUUGAUUUGUUUUUUAAUGAUUUUGCAGGCUGACCCCCAACCUAAGUUUUGAUAACAUCUAGUAAGUCAGUAUAGUUCUGUGACUUCAUGUUUUAACUAAGAAGGAAAAUUCAUAGAUAUUCCUAUUAGAUUUUAUAAACCUUCAAAAGUCUCAAACUUAAUUUUGAGUCUAAAUUUUCUGACACUGGCCCUUUUUAAUAUUGUAAGUUUUUGUUCACUUUCUUAAGUAAAAAAACAUUUAAUUACUAGUUAGCCCUUAACUGGGAAACUCAGGUAAUGAACUGCUGACUUUUCUAAAGUUCUUUAACUGAUCAAUUCUGUAUAGAGGGAUAUUUAUCUAACCACUUUCUGUAUUUUACAAGUGCUCUUUCUAAAAAGGAAUAACUAUUAUAGCUCUAUUUCCCCAGUCUCUAUAGGACUCAUGAGAAAUUGCUUGUGUAAAUAUAAAAGCACCAUAUGUGUUCUUAACUCCUAUGGCUUCUUGAAGCUCAUGAUGAAAAAGUCUUUUUGUCAGUUUUAAUUGUUAAGUACAGAACAAACAAUUGUUUAGUGAUGGCCUGGUUGAAAGAGAGCUCCCAGUGGAACUCACCAAAGAAGACCACACCUCAGAAAUUAUUGCAUUUUCUCAUUAUGUGUUGGGUUUGAUUUGCUUUUGUUUUUAAUGCAGCUCUUUUAAUAUAGAGAUUCUUGACACAGUGAAAUAUCUUAUUUCAAGUGUAAGUUAUUCUUCACCCACCCCUUCCCCUGCCAUUGUAUUUCCCAUCUCUUUCAAGGAGUUUCAACAAUUUACAUUGCAUCGUAUACAGUAGGUACUGCUUUUUCAGAAAGACCUGGAAAACAUACCUGCUAUGAGUAUUUUGUUCAGAUGUAGCCAUUUACCUGGCUGUCAAGUCAUCUUUGUGGAGAGGGUCUUAGACAAAAAUCUUCCUUGUAUUUACUUGGGUUAAGUGAAGUCCAAAUUCUUACAGUAUGCUAUUUCAGGAUUUCUGAUAUUAAAAAAGAAAAAACAAAAUCUUUAUAUCUCUUAUUAACACUUCUCCCAAGAAGGGUUGUGCUGUUAUUUAUUUUCUAUUAUAAGAAAAGUUCAUUCUUUAAGUAGUUUCUUUUACCUCUAAUCUAAUUUCAUACCAAAUACCUGAUCAAUAGAAAUGAUAUAUUUAAGCCGCAAAGAUUCCUAAUCCAUCAUUAUGAAAAGUGUCAGCAAUACUUAGUAGUGAACAGAUAAAGUCAAUUUGAAUAUAAUUCCACUUUGUUUUUAGAGACUAAAUUAAGAUUCAAUUAACAUUCUCCUAUGAAUUCUGAAUAUGAUAAUGUGAUUCAAACAGUCAAAUUUUAUUAAGCUCUUAGUAACUCAGGAUAGCAUUCCAUACUAACCUCAAGUUAGCAAAACAAAUUAGUUAAACAGCUUGGUUCUUAGGAGACUGCUUAAAAGAUCAAGAAAAUUUUCUCAUCUUUUCUUUCUACUUAGAAACAUUGCAAGAAACCUUGGAUAGUCUUCACCAGACCUGCCAUGAUUUUAUAAGAUUUAGGCCUCAGUGAUAUGCUUCUGAAAGUUUCCUGCCAGCCAUCCAAACUAAGCAUCCACUCAUUCCAUCUUCCCAAAGUCACUCACCGAUAAAGGUAGCAUCCUUAAGUUCAUUUUUGAAAGGUGGAGGAGGAUCUCCCCCUGCCCAAAGGAAUUUUUUUAUCAGAAUACCUUGAAAGGGGGGUAUAUAAAUUUGGAAAACUUAAUUUCUUGGCUGGGUUUGAUAACAGUUCCUAUGCAUGGUUUUUAAUGUGGUGUAAAUUUGUUUCUUUCUUUGGAAUACCUCUCUCCACUCCCCACCUUAUUCUUCCUCUUUAAUGAAUAUUUUUAUUGGAGCUCAAACCCCAUGACUUAUGUGCUCACUAAGUUUUCUUUUUUCCCCUUGUUUACUCUGUCUGUAUGUAUGUCAAAAGCUGGCAAAACCUCUAAAACUGUCAAGAAAAUGCUUGAAAGUUGAUUUGUCAUAGUGCAAAUUCAUGAUAAAAUGUCUUAAUGUUAUUUGGAUAUGUAGUACAUAGAAACAGAAAAAUAAAGUCAUUUUUAUAACUUAAAA